UCCUUCCCUUUUGUUUUUUCACGAUUUGAUCGUAAAAAUUUUGUAGUUAUAUAAUUAUUUUUGCUUUCUUAUUAAAUUAGAAUUGGGCAAAAACAAGCUAGUGACAUUGGACUUGAGUGGCAAUAACAUUACAGAAUUUGUAGACUCAAGAGAAAUAAGGGCUUCAAACAAUAUAAGUGAGCUGUAUUUAGAUGAUAUCACCAUAACAAAAGGAAGCAAGUUAUUGGAAUCAUUGGGAGCAUUUAGCCACCUUAAAAAUCUAUCUCUGGUGUCAUGUAAAUUCGAAGGAGCAAUUCUCCAUCAAGGCUUGCCUCAUCUGCAAAUAAUUGGAGCAAUGUCUUCUCUUAAGAAAUUAUCAUUGCGUAGUUGUGGACUUAAUGACACAGAGUUUCUAAACCAAGGUGUGUGCAAAUUAAAACAACUUCAAGAGUUAGAUAUUUCCUAUAAUGACAUAAGUGGUAGCUUGCCUUCAUGUCUGGCUAACAUGACAUCUCUUCAAUCGUUACAUCUCUCUUCCAAUAAUUUUGUUGGAAACAUCUCUCUAUAUCCAUUUAAUAGAUUAACAAAUCUCGAAUAUUUGGAUCUUUCACACAAUCUUUUCCAAAUUCCAGUCUCGUUGGGUCUAUUUUUCAACCAUUCAAAGCUCAAACACUUUAAAAGUCAGGGUAACAAUGAAAUAUAUGGAGAAAAAACUGAACAAAAUUUGACCCCAAUGUUUCAACUAGAGACUCUUUAUAUCGAUGGUUAUGCAUGCAUUGAAGCAUUUCCCAAAUUCCUUUAUUAUCAGCAUAACCUACGAGAAGCCAGUCUGCAGAGCUUGAAAUUAAGAGGAAGAUUUCCAUAUUGGUUGUUACAAAACAACACAAAACUAGAAGAGCUUUACUUAAAAAACAAUUCCCUCUCAGGGCCUCUUCAAUUACCACUUCAUUCCCAUUUGAAUUUGUCACUCUUAGAUAUCUCAGAUAAUCUCUUCCACGGAAUUAUUCCACCAGAUAUAGGAACACAUUUGCCGAGAUUGGAACUUGUGUAUGAGAAGAAUAGCUAA